CCGCAAUAAAAUGUCAUAACGUGCAAAAGUCGACACGAGUUCAAUUGGUAAUAUCUUCUUUAUUGUGUUUAAUUUUAUGUUUGAACUAUACGCGUGGAGAAAACGUCAAGACUGGGUUGUAUUCGAUAGAAAGAAAUUCAGUAUCCGACUGUGAUAAAAGUUGGGAGGUGUAACAACUAAGGAUGGCACACUCUGACAGCCACAAGGCUCUGUACGCCAAGAUGAUUGUUGAUGUAGUUUUGUCUCCACUCUUUGAAAGGUUGGAGAAAAAGGAUCUUGCAGCCUCACAGACUCUUCGGGCAGCUUUCACAAAGGUGGAUUCUCAACUACCAGGCUUCACAUAUGACUUUGCCUUGGGCCUGCUGAGGAAGGCCGAGAUACAGGACAAACUUGAUAUGAGUGAGACCCUACUCAGACUUGGCGGAACUCCUGAGUCUGAAGACCUGAGAAUCACAAGGCCAGAAAAUACAUUCCAAGAACUCAAUAGAUGUGCUGUGGCGCUGAAAAAAAUCCUCAGCAGAAUUCCUGAACAGAUUUACGACAGAAAACAGUUUCUAGAAACAAUCAAAGAAAUAGCGAGCGCAAUCAAGUUGCUGUUGGACGCUGUUAACCGCGUUAUUGGCGAGGUGCCGUCUUCCGAGAACGGAAGCAAACAGAUCUUGGAAGACCGGAAGCGAGAGUUUGUCCGUUACUCGAAGAAGUUCAGCAACACAUUGAAGGAAUUCUUCAGGGAACCCAACCAGAACCACAAUGUUUUCCUGAGUGCCAACUACCUGACAUAUCAAACCAACCUGAUCCUGAGAACUGUGAAACAGGAGUGUGGAUAAUCGCCUCACAGCGCACCUACACAAGCAACGCUGGGGCCGAAACAUGAGAGUUGUCAUCCGGUUACAGUGAUUCUUGACUCUUGAUGUUUUUCAGUGACAAAAUGUUUUUCUCCUUGAAAAUUAAUUUACUUCUGUAGCAUAGAACUUAAGUUGUAUUUAGUCAUGCCAAACUGAUUCCAUGUGUAGCGUUUAGGGGCAAUUGGUUUUUCAACAUUUAAAAUGAAAAACAAAAACGUUUUCAAAAAUCAAAUUUAGCAAAAGAAUUAACCUUCUAACCCCAAUUUCUCGAAACUUCUUAAGCUUAACAGACUUAUUGCUUAAUACAAUUAGCCAAAAUACAUACUUAAUUUUGAUAAAUGAAAAAUGGUUUAUUCUGAUAAUCGUUACAAUAAUUCCUAUCUAAAGUAUUAAAACUUUUAAAGGAGUAUAUAAAAUGCAAAAUAUUGAAAAACUAAAAUAGUGGGUUUAGCUUAAUCCUGUUAUAAGGGACUUUUGAGAAAAGUUUUGAGAAAUUGGGGCCUGGCAAUUAAUGAUGAAAAUAAUAAUUAUAUGAGUCAAGAAAUAUAUUUUUAUGCCCCCUGAAGGUGGGCAUAUUAAAAUCGCACCGUCCGUCCGACUCAAUAACUCAGAAUAUUAAAUUUAAAUUUUAAAAUAACUUGCCACAUGUGUUCGGCAUACCAAGACGACGUGUCGCAUUCAAGAACCGUUUCCCUACCUCUAAGGUCAAGGUCACACUUAGGUGUUUAUUCACAAUAGAAUGCUGCAUAUAAGGACAUAGAGUAUAGGUUGUCAUGUCCGGGCUGUAACUUUCCCUUGUAUGGACAGAUUUUAAAAUAACUUGCCACAUGUGUUCGGCAUACCAAGGCGACGUGUCGCGUGCAAGAACCGUGUCCCUACCUCUAAGGUCAAGGUCACACUUAGGUGUUUAUUCACGAUGGAAUGCUGCAUAUAAGGACAUAGAGUAUAGGUUGUCGUGUCCGGGCUGUAACUUUCCCUUGUAUGGACAGAUUUUAAACUAACUUGCCACAUGUGUUCGGCAUACCAAGACGACGUGUCGCGUGCAAGAACCGUGUCCCUACCUCUAAGGUCAAGGUCACACUUAGGUGUUUAUUCACAACGGAAUGCUGCAUAUAAGGACAUAGAGUAUAGGUUGUCGUGUCUGGGCUGUAACUUUCCCUUGUAUGGCCAGAUUUUAAAAUAACUUGCCACAUGUGUUCGGCAUACCAAGACCACGUGUCGCAUGACAGACCCGUGUCCCUAUCUCUAAGGUCAAGGUCACGCUUGGGUGUUUAUUCACAAUGGAAUGCUGCAUAUAUAAGGACAUAACAGUGUCGGUUGUCAAGUAUGGGUGGUAUUUUUUUAUGUUUAGAGGCAAUUUAAAAUAACUUGCCAUAUGUAUUUGACAUGUAAAGGCAAGAUCAACUUUUCAUGUACUGACCUUGUUCAUAGGUCAAUGUCACAAUCGGGGGCAUUCGUCUUGUUUAACAUCUGUUUUUAUUUUUAAGGUCCUGUAUAUUUGUAUAUGAGGUUUUCUUUUUGAUUUUCAUUAGAAAAUCUGCCAUAAUUGGUAUUUGUAUGUACACAUUUGUUGCAAAAAGAAUAAGAUCCAUUUUUUCGGUGGCAUUAGUAAAAUAUUGGCUGAUAAUCACAUAAGAACCCUAUUUCCAUAAGGUACACCUGAAUCAAAUAACGACUGUCUAGUUGAAAAAAAUUAAGGUAACCAAUAGAAACAGGAUGGGAAAUGCUAAGCCCCGUUUUCACAUGUUUUUUUACAGUUACUUUAAGAUAAGCAAUAACCUGUAUCAUAAUUGUGCUAUCUGUUGACAAUUUUUAAGCCAAGUUGACCUAGAUGGCACUCCAUGCUAACGUACCUUUCGCUAGGAUCAAGCCAAGGUGACCUAGAUGGCACUCCAUGCUAACGUACCUUUCGCUAGGAUCAAGCCAAGGUGACCUAGAUGGCACUCCAUGCUAACGUACCUUUCGCUAGGAUCAAGCCAAGGUGACCUAGAUGGCACUCCAUGCUAACGUACCUUUCGCUAGGAUCAAGCCAAGGUGACCUAGAUGGCACUCCAUGCUAACAUACAUUUCGCUAGGAUCAAGCCAAGGUGACCUAGAUGGCACUCCAUGCUAACAUACCUUUCGCUAGGAUCAAGCCAAGGUGACCUAGAUGGCACUCCAUGCUAACAUACCUUUCGAUAGGAUUUUGGUUGUAAUGCGCUAAUAGAUAGUUUCCCUGAUCGCACCCCUGACGCUAAACAUUGAAUCAACAUUGCUUGGCCUUGUUGUGAUUUUGUAUGUUAUGAAACAUAGAGUACAUAACAUAAGAUUUAUAAAUUACUUGAUAACUCUGCUUUGAGGAAGCCAUGAAAGUAAAUGCUAUUUAGUAUGGUUUCGUUUUUUGAUCUGUUCAUAUCAUAUUGUUUGCAUCUUUUUAUUUAAUUUUUCGAUUGAUUGUUUUGAUUUUAAACACACAGCAUUCCAUGUGUAGGACUUUACAGUGUAACUACAAAUAUUCUCUUUGUAAUGUCACAAGAAUCAGUUUAACUUCUGUUGUAUGUCUAGUAUACUUUAUAUAAUACAUGUAUAUUAUGUUGUUGCAAAAGGAUUGGAUAUUUAAAACACUUAAUGAUUUGUAAAAUGUAAAUAAAAGACAAAUAUUUUCGUACACAUGUAUUUGGAGAAAUACACGAGUAACAUUC